UCUGAUGCUCGAGGUGUUGCAGUCCUGGGGCAGCUCUGAAAGAAAAGCCCUACUCCUGCAGAGUGCUGUCAAUUGCAGACAACUGUAUCCACAUGAAACCCUGCUGCUGUCUCUGCAUGAUUUCAAAGUUAAGAGUCCCAUAAAGUCUAAUGGAUUUUUCCUUCCAUUUCCAUGACAAACUUGCCAAAUUCCUGAGAAACACAAACUUGUUUCUGAAGUUGUUGAUGCUGAUAUGAGCAGAAGGGAGGAGUUUUUUUUUUUUUUUUCUUUUUUUUUAGCUCUGUGAAGCUACCUGGUAUUUGAAAUGCUGAAGAGGAAAUUACGGUUUUGUUAUAACUUGCGCUUUAGGCUUUUCUUGGGUCUAACUCUUAUUUUAGUAAUCAUUUCAGUUUUAAAAGUUAACCAGAAAGAAGACUUCUUAAAUCGGAGAGAUCUAGAGCUAACAAAAGAAGAUCCUGUUAGCAAUGUUAACUGCACCAAGAUUAUUGAGGGGGAUAUAGAAGAAAUACAAAAGGUAAAGCUUGAGACAUUGUCAGUGUCAUUUAAGAAACGCCCCAGGCUAACAACAAAUGAUUAUAUUAACAUGACGGCAGACUGUGCCUCCUUCACCAAGACGAGGAAAUAUAUUAUGGAACCUCUCAGCAAUGAAGAAGCAGAAUUUCCAAUUGCUUACUCAAUAGUGGUUUAUCACAAAAUUGAGAUGCUUGAUAGACUUCUGAGAUCAAUCUAUGCUCCACAGAAUUUUUACUGCAUUCAUGUAGACAAAAAAUCUCCAGGAUCUUUUUUCUCUGCUGUGAAGGGAAUAGUGUCAUGCUUUGAUAAUGUCUUUAUUUCAAGCCAGUUAGAGAGUGUGGUAUAUGCUUCAUGGAGCAGGGUGCAGGCCGACAUUAACUGCAUGAAAGAUCUCUACAGUAGAAGUUCAAACUGGAAAUACCUAAUAAAUCUAUGCGGUAUGGACUUUCCUAUAAAAACCAACCAGGAAAUAGUAGAGAAAUUAAAAGCCCUUAAAGGUGAAAACAGCUUGGAAACAGAAAAAAUGCCUGUUUAUAAAGAAGUAAGGUGGAAAAAACACCAUGAGAUUAUUGAUGGUAAAAUAAAGAACACAGGCACAGACAAACAACUACCACCUCUCAGUACUCCAAUUUUUUCUGGUAGUGCCUAUUUUGUAGUUAGCAGAAGAUUUGUAGAAUAUGUGUUAGAAAGCAGCAAAAUACUUAAGUUCAUUGAGUGGGCAAAAGAUACUUACAGCCCAGAUGAGUACCUGUGGGCAACAAUUCAGAGAAUUCCUGAUGUCCCAGGUGCAGUUUCUUCUAGUGACAAGUAUGACGUUUCUGACAUGAAUGCACUGGCCAGGUUUGUCAAGUGGCAGUACUUCGAAGGCGACGUGUCCAAAGGUGCACCAUACCCACCGUGCAGCGGAGUUCACAUUCGCUCUGUCUGUGUUUUUGGUGUCGGAGACUUGAACUGGAUGCUACGAAACCACCACUUAUUUGCUAAUAAGUUUGACACUGACAUUGACCCUUUUGCAGUGAAAUGUCUGGAAGAGUAUUUGCGACACAAGGCUUUGUAUUUGCAAAAGAAGUGAAAUACUGUAUGCUCCUGUUACAAAACAUAGGUUACAAGUAUUGUACUGCAAAGUACUUUGACACGUAACAGUGAUGGUGGUGAUGCUGAUGAUGGGUAUAAUAAACCAUGUUGGUGUGGUGCUGCUGAUGCCCUCCCUGCCUUGUCCAUGGACAAGGGGGAGAACAGACAUGUCUCAAGUGAAUAUGGGGAUCCCUUGUGUUGCACGCUCAGAGGCUCAGAGCUUCAGGUGUAAAAUCAGAAUAGCAACUUUUGGAAAGUCAACUAUUUGGAAUAUUCAUUAUCUAGAAGGUGUAAUUAAUAGAUUUUCUUUGGCUAAACUGUUUGUUUUAAGACUUGGAAAGUGCAUGUUAUUCAUAGUUACUCAUUUUUUCCUCAUGAAUGCAAUGCUAGCUGGAAGACAAAGAUGAAGGGUUGAGGGGAAAGGCAGCUGGACUGCACAGACUUCGUACUGAGUACUGAAAGAUCUCAGGAAUAUAACAUUAGAAAUGAUCUGAAAACUAUGCAAAAGGGGAUAUGCAAAGUCAGCUGUCAUAAUUUAACUUCAGUCUGCUUGCUGCAGUUCUGUUACAUGUAAUUCUUAGUCCUCUUGAAAAUUUUGUCUUUAGCAUGGAGUAUUAAGGAAUUGCAUUUAAAUUUUUGUAGCCAAAUCUUGCUUUUGUACUCUUAAAGGCCUCUGAUACUGUGAUAUAAAGUUUAUACACUAGUUUGUAAUUACAUCUUCUCAGGGAAAUUUCAGUUUUGUGCCUGAUGAGAUUUAGACUUGUAAUUUUACUUCCUAUUGUACCGAGAGUCUUGCUUUUGGAUCCAAAAUUACUCAAGUUUCUCAAAAACUUAAAAGAACUGCAAUAGUGUCUAAACGUAGUGUCUGAUGGAACAGCUGGUUUCUGCUUUGUGUCAAGCUCAACUUACAUUCCAGAUUAUUUUGACAUUGAGUACAGAAAAAUAAAGUUAUUUUUCUAAAUGAUAUUGCCUCUUC